CCUCCCCCCAGCCGCGUCUCCUGGCGCCCGGGCCUGCGGGAGCAGCUCCCUGAGCUGGAGACGCUGACGCGGUGACCCAGGGGGACCGGCGCCGGGACGAGGGGGGGGGGGCCCGGGGGAGUCCCCUGGGGUACCCCUGUCAUCACCUCCCAGGCAAGGGAAGGCCCAGAGGAGAUGCUCAAAACCUUAGGCGAUGGGGUGACUCUACCGAAGUGGUGUUCUCUUUAAAAAAAAAAGGACGAGCAAGUGUUCUCCAAGGCCUUUGCAGUCAUUUGCCUCCGAGUACUCUUAGGAUGCACAUUCCUUGUGGCUAUUGUAGGGCUGACACGAGUAGACCCCAAAAAUUAAUUGCAUCACAAUGACAUCCCCGGUCCCUAAAGGGCUUUGCAGCUCGCAGAGUGCGUCCACCUGCCUCAUCUCCCUUGAUCCGCGGAGCAACCGUAUGUGGGAGGAAGAAAGGUUUCAUCCUCCUUCCAAGUAUUGCUCUUCAUGCAACGUCAAGAGGCACAGUUGUCAGCAAGGCCAGGCCACGACCUGUUGUGACCCCCCGCCCCCCCCAGCCUUCGUGUUAUUUUUUUUCAUAGGAUUCGGUGAGCCUCUCUAGUACCUGGAGGGGACCUGGGUGGUGUCACCUACAUUUCAGCCCACAAAUGUCACGUCUCUGUUUAGUCCAAGUAGCUGCACCUCAUCCCCAGGUAGAAAGUCAGCAGCAGAAUGCAGAGGAACAGACCAGAGAAAAUUAUCUGGAGUAGAGCAGAAAAAAAUAUUAUGCCUGUGUUCCCUUGGGACUCAUUGGACAUUGUACGGUGACAUCUUCUGGGAUUUAGACUGGAGUGUGCGGCCCGGUGCCUGACAUGGAGGUGGACGUCAACGGAGAGCCGCGCAGCGCCCCGGCCGCCGGGCCCGGGCCCGAGGCCUGCUCCCCGGGCAAGACGGGGCCCGAGAGGCCGCGCUGCUCCAGCACGCCCUGCUCGCCGGCGCGCCGGACCGUGGCGGGCUACCAGAUCCUGCACAUGGACUCGAACUACCUGGUGGGCUUCGCCACCGGCGAAGAGCUCCUGAAGCUGGCCCACAAGCGCGCGGCGGGCGAGGAGGCCAAGGGCGAGGCCGUGCCCUCCCUGCGCCCCAAGCAGCUGGACGCCGGCCUGGCGCGCUCCUCCCGCCUGUACAAGGCCCGGGGCCGCUCCUACCAGCCCUACGAGAUCCCGGCGGUGAACGGGCGGCGGCGGCGGCGGAUGCCCAGCUCGGGCGACAAGUGCACCAAGGCCUUGGCCUACGAACCUUGCAAGGCCCUGCACGGGCCCCUGCCCCUCUGUCUUCUCAAAGGUAAGAGGGCCCACUCCAAAUCUCUGGACUACCUCAACCUGGAUAAAAUGAGCAUCAAGGAGCCAGCCGACACGGAAGUGCUACAGUACCAGCUGCAGCACCUGACCCUCAGGGGGGACCGCGUGUUUGCCAGGAGCAACACCUGAGCGGGCGCGGCGAGGGGCGGCCAGCCCAGGUGGGCCUGCGCCCGGCUGGGGAACGCCCGCCGUGGGACUCUGUACAGGACUCUUGCAUCCUAGACGGCUGUAGCAGCCAUGUGUUCCCUGGGCGCACACAGUGUGCGCACCAAAAUGCGAACGCGGGAGCGAAAUCACAGGGACUUGGGGGGGCACAUCAUCCUAGAGCACGCACCUGGCGAGGAGAGCAGACUGCCGGCCGUUGGCUUGUACAGCUCUGUAGCUAGGAGGAAGAGGCCUCGGCGCCGCAAUACCAUCCGCAAAUGAUUCUGACCCUCCGGUGGGGAAUGUUAAUCUGCUUGGUUGUUGCUGACUUGGUAUGAUCCAUUAGAAAUUUAUAUCUAAUGUACUAAGGUACUCAAGUACUUCUUUAAUCUCUGUAUUUUACUAUAAAACGUAUGUAAUGAUUUGUUUUAUGAGAUUUAGAACUUGAACAUUGCUGAAUUGGACCACUUUUUAUUUUUAAAUAUUGAGUUUAAAUAUUUUAUAACUGGUUUUGCACUGAAAAACUUAACAUUUCAGAUCGACAAGAGAAUAAUCUUUCUUCACUUGCCUCAAUAGUAUUAUUGAGCAAUGAAUUUUUUUAUUUCCGCAUGGAAAGUUAUUGAUCUCUAUGGCUGUAAAAUAUUUCUUUAUAGCAUUAUUAAAGUGUGUCUUAAUACAAUUAAAUUUGGGAUACAAAGUAUUUAUUUUACAAUGGGUGGGGGGAAGCUUUUUCCAGAAAGUUUCCAAUAUGACGUUUUCAUAAGUUCAAAAAAAAAAAAGUUUCCUUCGUGCUUACUUUCUAAGUUAAAACUUCAUCUGCGACUUUAAAAUGGAAAGGAUUCUUUUAAUUGUGGACGAUAGGCAUAAUACUGUUUGCAUCUGAAUGUUCUGUAAGUGAAUGAAAUUUUAAUCGAUGGACUCAUGACUUCUGCUAACCGAAUGCUUCAACGGAGUAUGAAGUGACACCAUUCAGCAUGGCAUCAGGUCAUUCCGUUUCAGUUCUGUGCAGCUCACGCGCUCGUUGAAAUUCCAGUUUCUGGGAUUAGUGUGGGAGCCUAAAGUGCUUCUGCAGUUUUAAUGGGUUAAUCCUGGAUUACUUAACAAUUUAUGUCAAUUGCACUGGUUUAAUUUGUUGCUAAAGAAAUAACGCCCUGGCUUUAGUAACAAAUACAGCUCAAACUAUUCUUGAGUAUAUUUUGAGAGACAUGUAUGUAACUUAAUCUUUUGUAAACAUUUCUAUUUCUUUUUUUUUUUUUCUUUUUUGACUCUUGAAGGUGCAAUUUAUUACGGAAUUGGCAUUUCUGGCAGCGUAGACCUGCUUAUUUUAAAUUUUAGUUUGGGGGCCGUGAGUUUCUUAGGUCUUAGCAGCCUUGCUUUCUGAAGUAAGAACGCCUUUUAUUAAUGAGUGGGUCAUUCCUGGUGCAGAGUCGAUUUUCCUUCUGCCAGGAUGAAUGGCAAACUCUGUCUAGAGCAGAAUAAGUAUUAGGAAACCCUAGGAACUCUUAACCAACAUUUACUAUUCUUUCACCGAGGCAGACAACGUGAAAGAGCCUUGGGGGUGUUGACCCGUAUCUUACCAACUUGAUCACACUUCUUGGGGGGCUGGAAAUUUUCAGCUGUUGUAUAUUUUAAGGUAAAUUGCACCUUUGUAACAUAUUGUAUUGACGAAUGAUCACUAAGAUUAACUCUAUCUAUACAGUCAUUAGUUUGACAAGAAAUAGAAUCCUGUCAGAUGCCAAAGAGUUGGGAUUUUUACGUUUAAUGAUUAAACACCGUUAUUUAUUGAUGAUUUACCCUGUGGAACUGUAUUAUUUCUAACUAUGAAAUAAAAAGGGUGAUGUAAACACACAUUGUUGUGUGGUGCUUUAAACAAGGUCCAUCAUCAACAGGCUACUGUUCAAAAAUUCCGCCUAAGGACUUAUUUUUAGGCCCCAUUUUUGUUAAAAAAAAAAACAAAAACAAACACAAAAAAAAUUCCUUUUGGUGCUCAUUCGCAUUUCAGGGUAAAGGAUAUAUUCAUGGCAAUGGUAUGUAUUCAGUCCCUGGGGAAACACAGCUGUGUACCUGUGAGAUCUGUCCCCUGCCCAUGCACCCACGUAAUUUGUUUUUGCCAAAUAAAAAUAUGUAGCUCUUU